AUGUCUUUCCCUAUAGACGCUAGAGGGACCAACUCUUUCAGCAUAAACGCAGACAGAACCCCUCUAGCCCUGGACGAGUCAACCCGCACGCUCUACAACCGCGCCAUAUCCGAUCCCUCAUCACUAACGGAUCAAGAACGCCGACUCAUCAACCAGCGCCCCCCACCAGAUGAGGAAAACACCCUCUGUCGAAAUGCCUGCGGCCUGUCGAUGGACGAGCUGAUUACCAAAGCCAUCAACAACAACAAUAACAACAACAUCAACAACAGCAAUGAUGAUGAUGAUGAUGAUGAUGGCCUCUCCCUUAGCAGCCUUGGCCUGAGCUAUAAAGAAGCCAGUCUCCUAACGGCCGGCGUAGUCGAGGGACAACCGGGCCAUAUCCUGUCUGAGGUAGCGCGCAUUAGUCCUGAAGAUCGGGACCUUAAGGCUCGAGCUAUGGAGGCGACGAGGACGGACGAUAUCCGAGCUGCGAGGGAGGUGGCGCAGAGGGUUAAGCAGCGAUGGCUAGCGGUGGAGCUGGCGGCGGCCAAAGCGCUGAACGAUGAUGAUAUUAGGAAUAUUCGGUUUGCGAUGAAGGUUCCUUGGCAGGAGCACGUACUGCAAUCCAGUUCAAAUUCAGCGGAUGAUUCUGCUUCCGAUCCUGCUUCUGGUCCUAAUGAUCAGGGCCCCGGUGAAGCGGGAGGUCGCGUUGGUCUCGUGGUAUUCUUCCAGAGAGAAGAAGAGGAAGAAGGAGGUCGUCUUCUGGAGUAUAAAUCCCAGAUCGGAACGGCUCUUUACCAUGGACUACACUAUUCACCGAGGCUGAUCAAGGACGAGACGAGGGACCGAUUCACCCUGCACUGGGUGGCUAUUCCAGGUAUUAUUAAUAACAACUUGGACCUGAGUGCACUACGGAGCAGGUUUAACAAAAUGCUCUCGAAUAAUGAGAUUCCCGUUGGCUUUCGACGCGACGCCUUUCUCUAUGUGGAUGAGGAGGCGUUCCGCUCUCGUGAAACUACAAGGCCGUAUCUCUGGUUAGCUGAGCCUGAACCACAUUCAGAGUCAAAGACAGAGACAGUGCCAGAGCCAGGAACUGGGACUGGAGCUCAGCCCGAGGCUUUGCAACCUCUAAAAGUCGACAUCAAGCAUAUCGCCCCGACAUUGUUUGCGCGGUUGGUCCAGCGCGAUCUCCAAGGCGAGGCGAGACGGAAGCCCUAUCGGCAUACCUCAGAGCUGAGCAGAUUGCAUGCGGCCACCAAUGCAAUACAUAUAGGCCUAGAGGAAAGAGAUGGGAUCUGGCCGCCACCUGCUCGAUUCCAGUAG